AUGCCUGACACUAUUCAUGUGUCGACUGGUUGCCCUAGGAGAAAUCACAACUUGAGCUCUCGGCGCAUGGCCAAAAAGACCGGUUUGCCUGAACUAGCUCCUCUGUCUUGCGAUUUCUUCUCUCAAUCCUUUCUACUCAUCUCAUGCAGUCCCUUAGUUUUCCCUUCUUCCUCUUGCAUCAAGGUGAGCCAAUUUCACAACAGAUUUAGUAGUAGGGGUUCUGAUCAGAUUUAUUCUAGGAAGAUGCUUGAUAAAAGUGUCAAAAAGGGAAUCCUCCGAGAAGUACUGGAAAUUCCUCUAUCAAUCCUUCUGCAAAUAGUUUUGUUGAUGCUCUUUUUCGGAGAGGGUCAACUUAGAGAAAAAAGGGGUUUGCCUUCAGCAGGGAAAGGGUCUGGGCCUUCAAUAAAGGCUAACCUGCAGAAGACAAAGAUAAGGGAAGCAGUCGUCAAGCUCCGGGCACCGAUGUGGUGCCGGCCGAAGGCUCUCCGAUGCUUAAGUCAGCUAAGAAGGGUAACUUUUGCAGAGUAA